CGUGGAUGGAUGUUGUGUCUUCCAAAGACAAACAUGAAGCUGAUGAAGUCGCGGACGCGCUGUGCUGAGGGCGGAAGUCCGCCAUCUUACUGUUUUUAAUGUUUCUAGCUGCUAGCUAAUGCUAGCUCAGCCUCCAGCAAUAGUGUGAUGUUCACUAGCUCUAGGAGGAGCUCGCAUGCGACGUGCUGCGUGGAUGGAUGUUGUGUCUUCCAAAGACAAACAUGAAGCUGAUGAAGUCGCGGACGCGCUGUGCUGAGGGCGGAAGUCCGCCAUCUUACUGUUUUUAAUGUUUCUAGCUGCUAGCUAAUGCUAGCUCAGCCUCCAGCAACAGUGUGAUGUUCACUAACUCCAGGAGGAGCUCGCAUGCGACGUGCUGCGUGGAUGGAUGUUGUGUCUUCCAAAGACAAACAUGAAGCUGAUGAAGUCGCGGACGCGCUGUGCUGAGGGCGGAAGUCCGCCAUCUUACUGUUUUUAAUGUUUCUAGCUGCUAGCUAAUGCUAGCUCAGCCUCCAGCAAUAGUGUGAUGUUCACUAGCUCUAGGAGGAGCUCGCAUGCGACGUGCUGCGUGGAUGGAUGUUGUGUCUUCCAAAGACAAACAUGAAGCUGAUGAAGUCGCGGACGCGCUGUGCUGAGGGCGGAAGUCCGCCAUCUUGUUAGCGAAUCACUCCAACGAAAGCCGGCUCUGAUCACGUGAUUGAGGGAGACCGCUGUAGUGUUGUUCGUUUCGCUUCCGGUUUACUGCGGAAGUGGCACAGGCAAAGAUGGCGGCCACAGCGACGGAGAAAGCAACAAAAGAGCGUCUUUUCUGUGUUUUAGACGAUUUAGAGGUUUUAUCUCGGGAGCUCAUUGAAAUGUUGGCUCUGUCCCGAAGUCAGAAACUUCCCCAACCCGGAGAGGACACUCAGAUCCUGGACCUGCUGGUGCAGCGGGACCGGGAGUUCCAGGAGCUGAUGGAGCUGGCCCAGCAGCAGGGCAAGGUGCAACAGGAGAUGCAGCUCCUGGAGAAGGAGGUGGAGAAGCGGGACAGUGACAUCCAGCAGCUUCAAAAGCAGCUGAAGGAGGCUGAACACAUUCUGGCGACAGCAGUUUACCAGGCCAAAGAGAAGCUCAAGUCCAUUGAAAGAGCCAAGAAAGGAAGCAUCUCCUCGGAGGAAAUCAUCAAGUACGCUCACAGGAUUAGCGCCAGCAACGCUGUGUGCGCCCCCCUCAACUGGCUCCCAGGUGACCCGAGGCGACCGUACCCCACUGACCUGGAGAUGCGCAGUGGGAUGUUGGGUCACAUGACCAACUUGCCCACCAAUGGGGUGAAUGGACACCUGCCAGGUGAUGCUCUGGCUGCAGGGAGGUUGCCAGAUGUGCUGACCCCACACUACCCUUGGCAGUCAUCAGACCUUCCUGUGGGCAUGCUGCCCCCUCACCAUGGCAACGACAUGCUGCCCCCUCACCAUGGCAACGACAUGCUGCCUCCACACCAUGGCAACGACUUUGGUCUGGAGCCUCUGGGACACAACAAGGAGAACGAGGAUGACGUGGAGGCCAUGUCCACUGACUCUUCUAGUAGUAGUAGUGACUCUGACUGAUGUGUGUGUGUGUGUGUGUGUGUGUGUGCGUGUGUGCGUGUGUGUGUGUGUGUGUGUGUGUGUGUGUGUGCGUGUGUGCGUGUGUGCGUGUGUGCGUGUGUGCGUGUGUGCGUGUGUGCGUGUGUGCGUGCGUGCGUGCGUGCGUGCGUGUGUGUGUGUGUGUGUGUGUGUGUGUGUGUGGAGGCCAUGUUCACUGACUCUUCUAGUAGUAGUAGUGACUCUGACUGAUGUGUGUGUGUGUGUGUGUGUGUGCAUGCAUGUGUGUUUGUGGAGGCCAUGUUAACUGACUCUUCUAGUAGUAGUAGUAACUGACUGAUGUGUGUACGUGCGUGCGUGCGUGCGUGUGUGUGUGUGUGUGUGUGUGUGUGGAGGCCAUGUUCACUGACUCUUCUAGUAGUUGUAGUGACUCUGACUGAUGUGUGUCUUUAUCUGCGUGUGUGUGUGCACUAUGCUUGUAAAUAAAAUGUUUCAAGUGG